AUGACUGUAAUUAUAGCAUCAUUAUUUUUACCUUACACCGUUCAAUUUGAGGUUGAUUCUUGUGAUUUGGAUUCUUGUCAACAGGAUUCAACAAGUUUUGAAAUCCCUCCUCCUUCCACUUCAACUCCUAGUACUACGGCCUCUUCAACUCAAUUGUCAAUUCUUCCUUCUUUAUCAAAGCAGCCAACCCCUCAACCUCGUUCAACUACAAAUUCAGCUUUAUCUGACAAUAAACCUUUUGAAAGAGCGGAUACGCCCGAAGGGUUUUUCUACAAUCGUAGAGCUUCAGCAAAAUCAGAACAUCAAUUUAUCCAGCCAAAAUCAAGGUAUGCUAAAAUGGGUAGUUCUAUAGUUGAUGGGAAAAAGCCAAAUGAUGAUAUGGGACUCCCUGGAUUCAGUAGAUCACAAGUCAAUCUUGCCGCAAAUUCAACUCCUAAUUUGACCCACGCCCCCAACUCCCAUUGGCCCCUCCACUCUCCUCAUCUUCCCAUGGAAGCCGUAACCAAAUCAAUGACUGGUCGUGGCUCUUUUAGUAAAGCAUUAUUUACAUUUCAUGGAAAUAGUAGUGCUAAUUCAUUAAUAUCUGAAGAUGGCACUAUGGAUAGUACUGUUAUUUUACCAUCAAGUUUAGAAGAAGACGAUUUUGAACAAAAUUUCAAUGAUAUGGUUCAUGGUAGAUCCAAAUUAGCUCCAUUUGGUGGAUUUUCAAGACCUGGUGUUGAAGCACAAUUUCUUUCUCAAAAAAACAUAUUUGAUGUGGCUCCGUGGACUAUCGAUCAUACUGACCAAGGUAAUGGGUCCUUGACUAAAGCUGUGAACAUGGCUGUUGACUCAGGAAUCAUUAAUGAGGCAAAAUGGGUUGGUAUUGUGGCUAUGCCAAGUGAUGAUGUCUCGCUACGAGUUAAAAAUGACAUUUCUGAUAAAUUGUCCAAAGAGUUUGCUUGUGAAGCUGUUUUCCCAGAUGAUGUUACUUUUGAAGGUCAUUAUAAAUCCUUUUGUAAACAAAUUUUAUGGCCAACAUUACAUUAUCAAAUCCCUGAUGAUCCUAAAUCAAAAGCAUUUGAAGACCAUUCAUGGGGUCAUUAUGUUUUAAUGAAUGAAUUGAUUGCCGAUAAGAUUGUUGAAACGUAUAAUAAGUUGGAUGAUGAAGAAACGAAAGUUUGGAUUCACGAUUAUCACUUAUUGCUUGUUCCAAAAAUGGUUCGUGAAAAAUUACCGAAUGCAAAAAUUGGAUUUUUCUUGCAUGUUUCAUUCCCUUCUUCUGAAGUUUUCCGUUGCUUUGCUCAAAGAAAUCAAUUAUUGGAAGGGAUGUUGGGAGCUAAUUGUAUUGGGUUCCAAACCAAUGAAUAUGUUCGUCAUUUCUUGCAAACUUGUAAUCGUUUGUUGUUGGCAGAUACCAGUGAAUUGGGUGUUAAUUAUAAUGGUAAUUUCACAGUAACCAAUACCAUCCCAGUUGGUAUUGAUGCACCAUCAGUGUUGAAGACAGUUCAUAGUUCUCUGGUUAAAGAAUGGCGUACACUUAUUAAAGAAAGAUGGUCUCAUCAGUAUUUGAUUGUUAGUAGAGAUAAAUUGGAUAAAUUAAGAGGUAUCAAACAAAAAUUAUUAGCUUAUGAAAUGUUUUUGACAAAUAACCCAGAGUAUAUUGAAAAAACUGUACUUAUUCAAAUUUGUAUGGGAUCAGCCACCGAUCCAGAUUAUGAACUGGAAGUUAUGAAGAUUGUUUCUAGAAUUAAUUCAUUACCAGAGAAUAUUUCUGUCACACAGCCUGUUGUUUUACUACAAAGAGAUAUCGAUUUUGAUCAAUACUUGGCAUUGCAAUGCGAAGCUGAUGUAUUUGUUGUCAGUUCCAUGAGAGAAGGUUUGAAUUUAACUUGUCAUGAAUUUAUCACUGCAUCUGAAGAUAAAAAGUCCCCAUUGAUGCUUUCUGAAUUUACUGGGUCAUCUAAUUUGUUGCUGUGCAAAGGCAAUGGAGCUCUCUUGAUAAAUCCAUGGGAUAUCAAGAAAUUCUCAGAAACAUUUAAGGAACUGUUAACUAUGUCGCCAGAAGAAAAGGAGAAACGCUGGAACAAUUGUUACAACAUUGUUCUUACCCGUGAUUCAAUUCAUUGGGUUGAAAGUUGUUUACAUACUAUUGACAGUUCAUGGAAUGUGGAUCAUGCCAAGAGUUGUAAUUUGGUUCCAUUUAAUAAAGAAGUGUUUAACACAUUUUCCACUAUAAAUGGUAAAAAGAUUAUCAUUUUGGCAUUGGAAAUUUGUUCGUCAACGUCAUCAACAAGAGGUAAUAGCACUGGGUUAGUGUCUGGUAAAGUUAAUGUUGUCGAACCAACCAGAUUGGUUAGAUUAUUAUCUGAUUUGGUUGAAACUCCGGAUACUUAUGUUUAUUUGUUGUCAUAUUUACAAAGACCAGAUUUGGACAUUAUGUUUAAGAGAUUCCCUAAGAUUGGGUUACUUGCCGAAAACGGUAGUUUUGUCAAGCUUAUUGGUGCCAAGGAUUGGAUUUCAUUAACUGACAAAGAGGAAUUGAACUCCUGGAUGCCUGAAAUUGCCAAACUUAUUGAAUCCAAGGUUGAGAGGUUACCGGGAUCAUUCUGUGAAGUUCAAGAUGCCACUGUUAGAUUCCAUGCUGGUAAAUCGUUUGUUGAAGAUCGUGAGCGUUCUUUAGAUGCAAUGGGUGAAACUAUUCAACAUAUUAAUACUUUAUACGACGGGGAUGGAAUUCAUGCCACAUCAGUAAGAAACCUGGUCAUUGUACAAAAGAGUCAAAUUAACUUGAAGGCAAUCCGUCUUAUUUUGUCUUGUUAUAAUUCUAAUCAAGAUGAAAAUUACGUUGUUUCCCAUAUUAGUGAUUUCCAACAGCCAAUUAAGGAUGAUGCCGUUUUGGCUGGAAAUCAUGAAGUAGCCGCUAUUCUUUAUAGUGGUGGUUUAACUUCUAUUGAUGAAUCCAAUUAUGAAUAUGUCAAUAGCUUGAAAGACGAGAUUGGCCAUACUUUAACUGUGACAUUGAUUUCUUCAUCUUCAGAGACUAAAACUGCCGCUACAUAUGGUGUUCGUGGUAUUAAUGAAUUACUUUGUAUAUUAAACUCCUAA